AUGGUGAAGUCUGGAUUUAUUCGCGAUCCGUCCAGUUUGUUGAUGUCCGUAAUUCGGACUCUUGAAGACCAUUCUGAUUCUAGACAUCGAGAUGCGGAACGAGAGAAACUGGAAGAGGCCUUUGCCGACGUAGACAGAAAGCUGGACAAAGCGGUUGAGGCGAAUUACGAAGAAAUCUCAGUAACGAUCCGCCGGUUCAGUGACAUCAAUGCUGGAAUUUCGAACUGCCGCGCGCGUAUGACUGAAGUUCGAGAGAAGCUUGGGCAGUGCAAGCAGUUGUUGCACUGUCGACAGGAUGAGCUCCGCGGAUUAUGGAUUGACGGCAUCGAGUACAAAAAAGAAGUGACGCUGCUCGAGCAAGUGGAAAAGAUCAGAGCUGCACCGAUGGAGGUCGAUAAAUUGAUGUACGAAGGCGAGUGGACACAGUGCGUUGAAAAGAUCACCCAGGCACUCAACUGGUGCAACAAUGACUUGGCGCUGGUAGGAGCUCUCCAUGACUUGCGUGCCGAAAUACAGUCGAAACAUCAAAUUGUCUACGAAAAGCUCAUAACCGAGCUUCAGCGACUGAUCUACGGCCAACACAGCAAAACGGAAAUGUCAGAGAGUCUCGAAAAGAUGAGAAAAUUUGCUCAAGCGAUCGAAUGUCUUGGCAAAACAGAUGCAGCUACCGAGGAACUAAGAAACAGAAUUGACACGGAAUUGUCUGGAAUAAUAAACAGGGAAACAACGCAUGUUUCUGACAAGGAGUAUCACAAAGAAGAGGGAGUGCAGAGCUCGAAGGUACUGAGCGAACUUCUCGAAAACAUUUUCGCCCAGUUCCGUUCAGUGGCAAGAAUGCAUCAGACUCUUCUCGAAAGUCUUUCGCCAAAGGCUAAACGACCGUACACAACUAUAGACGUGUGGCUAAAAAUACAGACUGUCCUUAAAUUUCUUUUGGUCGAAUAUUUGGAAGAAGAUAUCAGUGGAACUUUCAACCGUCUGAGCACGAUCGGUGUUGAACUUGGCUCCAAGCGCAAGCACAAGUUAUUCCGCUUCGACGCUUCUGGACAUGCGAUUUCGAUGAACACCUACUUGCGCGAGAAGAGGCAAGAGAACGACAAUUCCUCUGAAACUUACUUCUCCGCAGUGCCUGUUUGCAAAACUAGUGCAAGGAAUAUUACGGGAAUAUAUCGUUCAUUGAGUUCCUUUAUCGCAGAAAUCGAAAAAGAGAUAAAUAUCGAGCCAGGGCGCCACAUUGCUCUUUACACGUUCGUUGUUGAGCAUAUCGAGAAAACCUUCAUCAAGCAACUUGGUCACGAUGUUAGUUCUGAGCUGGAUGCUGCGACGAAAGUUACAGAUCCGUUGAAAGUUAUCUCCGACAGCGCACAUCAGAAGUCUGCCAGCUCGCCGUCGCCUAUCCUUCAAUCCGCUCUUGUCGUUUUCCGUCAGGUAGAGGACCUCGUCGAUGUCCUUCUCCAGCUCGACGAAUACACCGAAACCUUCUUCAUAAUGAUAUGUACGGUGUUACAGAAAUUCUACCAAAGCAUAAAUGAGCCGCUUCAAAACUUGGUGACGCCCGAAGAUCAAGAGAUUCUCUCGAAUCAAUUGACAAACAACUCCGAGUUAAGAAAGCUUAUUCAAGGGUCUCCUUGCUGGAGGAGAGCUUUUGGGAUCUCUGUGAAGAGUGAUUCAAAUAAAGCCGCGCAGGUUAUGCUCAAAGAAGAGGCUGAAAUGAUCACAGAAGUUUUGAAAGAUAAAGAAAUAUCACGUCAAACUAUCAUCGAAGAUCACACAGACAUUAAAGCAGUAGCGAAUCUUCACGAAAGUCUCGAAUGGCUAACUAACAAACUUCGAAAGACAUUUGGAUUACUCACCUCACAUGGGCGAGAUAGCGACGUACUAAUGCAACUUAACCAAAUUCUUGGCCGAUUCCAGUCACUUUCUGAAAACUGCUUGAUGUACCUGCAUCUUGAACAGCGCGUACGAUGUUUUCUGUUUUUAGCCCCGCUUUUCAAAGGCGCCAAAUUCAAUGUUGGAAACAGCGACGCCCUAGAAACGGACGUAGAAGUCGAACGACUUGAAACGGAGCUCAAGCAAAUUGAAGAUGUUCUACAAGGCUCUCUUCAACCUCAAAAGUACCGUUUCGUAUUUGAGGGGCUCGGCCAGCAACUUCGCACUUUGCUGAUGGAAGGCGCGCGUAAAAUGACGAAAAUAAGCGAAUCAGGUGUCAAGAAGAUUUGCCGCAACAUUUUCACGAUCCAGCAAGCACUGACGAAUAUCACGAUGAACCGGGAGCCGGCGCUCGACCAGGCGCGCCAGUACUUUGAGUUACUCUAUCAACGACCGGAAGGUCUUGUCGCCUCUGUAGAAGAAUCUGGACCAAGAUAUUCGUUUGAUGAUUAUAUGGUAGCCCUUGCACUUUCGUACAGAUCUCACGGUGACUUGAGCAUCGGCGACCAGUCAAAACACAAACAGCUGGAGCAGCGUCUAUCCGACACAGACAUGGCGCCUAAAGACUAUCUGGGCAAGGACCAGCGUAAUACCGGACUAGAUGAUAAAGCGAAGAAAGAGGACAACAUUCAGACCCUCGAUGCAGGGGAUAUCCAUUUGCUUAAAACAUAUGGACAGGGUCCGUACCACAAGCAAAUCAAGAAGGUAGAAGACGAUAUACAAGCCGUAGUAAAACGGGUAAAUGACCUGUCUGGUAUUAAAGAGUCCGAUACUGGCCUUGCUCAUCCAGCUCUCUGGGAUUUGGCGGCAGACAAACAGGCGAGUCAAAACGAGCAGCCAUUGCAAGUUGCUCGAUGUACGAAGAUUAUCGAGCCAGAUUCUGCCGAGCCAAAAUACAUCAUUAAUGUAAAGCAGUUCGCCAAGUUCGUCGUUGAUCUCGGUCAACAGGUGGCCCCUACUGAUAUCGAAGAGGGCAUGCGAGUCGGUGUUGACAGAACAAAGUAUCAAAUCAACAUCCCACUUCCCCCAAAGAUCGAUCCUUCUGUAACUAUGAUGACGGUCGAAGAGAAACCCGAUGUGACAUAUUCCGACGUUGGAGGUUGUAAGGACGCCAUCGAGAAGAUGCGCGAAGUUGUCGAAAUUCCUCUGUUGAACCCAGAGAAGUUUGUCAACUUGGGAAUCGACCCCCCUAAGGGUGUGCUCAUGUAUGGUCCUCCAGGAACCGGAAAGACUCUGUGCGCCAGAGCAGUCGCCAACAGAACCGACGCGUGCUUCAUCAGAGUCAUCGGCUCGGAACUUGUCCAGAAAUACGUGGGCGAAGGUGCAAGAAUGGUGCGAGAACUUUUUGAAAUGGCACGAACGAAAAAGGCGUGCAUUAUCUUUUUCGACGAAAUCGACGCCGUCGGUGGUGCACGAUUCGACGACGGAUCCGGCGGAGACAACGAAGUCCAGAGAACUAUGUUGGAACUUAUUAAUCAGCUCGAUGGCUUUGACGCUCGUGGAAACAUUAAAGUCCUUAUGGCUACGAACCGUCCCGAUACGCUUGAUCCCGCUCUGAUGCGACCCGGUCGUCUUGAUCGAAAAAUCGAGUUCACAGUUCCUGACAUGGAGGGACGAACAAGUAUAUUCAAAAUUCAUGCGCGAAGCAUGAGCUGUGAGCGUGACAUUCGAUGGGAGCUUCUUGCUCGUCUUUGUCCAAACGCUACUGGUGCGGAAAUUAGAUCCGUCUGUACAGAAGCUGGCAUGUUUGCAAUUCGUUCUAGACGAAAGGUUGCCACGGAAAAAGACUUCCUCGAUGCUGUGCAGAAGGAUACUGCUCCACAAGAGUUGACCAUUGCGAAAUCAGACGAACCGCCACCUGGGCCAGUGCCCCCAACGAGAGAGAAUGUUCAUCGCCGUGAGCCAAUGAAGAGAACCCCGACGAAUGUCGGACUUUGUAAUGUUUUCUUUUACGUUCUGUUGCCAGUGUCGCUGUGCGCGGCGAUUCUCUUCCGCUACGACUUCAUCGGCAUCGUCUAUCUUUUGCUUCUGCUAACAUGGCCUUACAACACUGGAUACAACACCGCCUAUGCCAAGCGUUUCACGCUUACCACCGUUAUCUUUUCGUGUAUUUUUUCUUUGCUUGAAUGCAUCUUCCUCGCCGUGCUUGCCAUCAAAGGUGUUGACAUUCUCAAUCGCGAACCAGGCAAAUGUUCAAAGACAGAAGAGGUCUACCGUUUCUUGGGAAUGCAAGCACUCGAUAAAGCCGACCUGAUCAACAGUAUAAGAAUCCUUGUGCCGAAUUUCGUCGUUUUCAUCAUCUCCCUGCUGACGUAUCUGAACUUAUGUGCUAUCAAGGCGAAAGGUAGCCAUCAGGGAAGUCAGGAGACGCAACUGAUUCCUGGAAAUCCGGGCCAGUCCCAAACGUUUCUUGGCGAGUCUAUCACAGAUCAGACGCUGGAAACGAAGUCAAGAUGGAACAAAUUCCUAUUUCUUUUCACCCUCGUCUUUUUGGCCCUUUCUGGUAUCGCUUCUCCAUCAGCCUUAUCUUUCCCAUAUCUGUUAUUUUUCUUAUUCCUCACGACUAUGUACUCGUUUCACGUCAAUUUGGAGCCGCAGCGCAACAUCUACAAGUUACGCCUUGGCCUCAGCGUUUACACAGCCUGCCACUUGCUCAUUAUGUACAUGUGGCAAUUGCCCAGCAUCAAUAGCAACAGCAUGAAGAUCAACACAGAAACCAAUGCCACCGAUCUUGCCUCGCGGGUUCUAGGCCUCAAGCGACUCGUUAUUGUUGACUGUACUAUUGUCAACCCAUGUGGGGCAAACACUUCUGACUCAACCCCCGUUUACGAUCUAGUAGUCGACAACUGUGUCCACGAAGAUUGUGUCAAGCCUUUUUGCUGGCAGAAUGAGACACCUGAUUUUUUCGAACCCAUGUUUGUCCUGCUGCUUCAUUUUUGCUGCGCAUACUCGUAUAUGAUCUUUCGCGACUUCAAGUCGUCUCAAAAAGCGUAUUAUAGUCAGCUAAGUCAGCGUAGUGCUGCUUAUAUUCAAGAAGCGGACCCUCUUGUCGAUGCGACAAGUACCUUCUCGGAGACCGAAAUCCAAGAAAAUGCAUACAGCAAUCUGCCCGAGCCUUCUGCCAGGUCGCCCACUUCAGCUGUUAUGCAUCGAAUGUCGAUUUUUAAAUCACGAUUACCGCAAAAGCGACAAAUCUGGAUAGCGUUGCGAGAAAAGGUUCUCUAUGUUGUUGGUUUGAUCAUGAUGAUGGCCUGGUCAGUAACAUACCACUCAUGGAUAACGUUUAUCUUGCUCCUCUGGAGUUGUUACUUGUGGAUGGCGCGGGAUAGAGCUUCAGUUACCUUGAGACACUCGAAGUACAUCACACUCUAUGCAAUUGUGCUGAUCUUGCUUCAAUUCGUUUACUCAUUGAGGCUGACGGAUGAUGAGCUUCCGACGAAACUUCAUGACAAUGACAAGGGUGAAAAAGCAAGCGAUGGUCUGAAAACCAUUGGCCUUAGUCGACCAGAGGGACUAGCCUUUACAACUCUCCUCCUGCGAAUCGGUUUUACGCUUGUUUUCUGGCUCAUGAUCCACGAGAAUAUUAGGCAAAAGUUUGAGAAACAACGCCCGAACGCCGAACUUCCAAUGCCUGAAAUCCAAGCUUGGAUACUCGAACAAUUAGCUCGAUACUUUAUUAUUAUCGUCUCCAGCUUCUUGCUGUUCAUAGCCCUCAAUGGUCAAGUGGUUGGCUAUAAGAUCAUUUACAUGUUAUUUUUCUUAUUCUCCGGCGUGAUUUUUCAGCUAUCAUGGAACAUGUGGCAUCGCGUGCUCAGAGUAUUCUGGCUUUUGCUCGUCGUAUACUCGAUUCUAGUGGUAGUACUCAUCUACACUUUCCAGCUAAAUGGCUUCCAAGACUACUGGAAGAAUAUAACCACUUUGAAUACAUCGGACUUGGAAGAUAUUGGCCUCAAGUACUACGAAGACUCUUCUGGCUUGAUGAUGUCCAUUUUCUUACCCACAGCGUUCCUCGUUUGCUGCAUGCUCCAGCUGCAUUACUACCAUGAGCGAUUCAUCGUUUUAACCGAUGAACAUACCGAUGACCGCCUUCAAAACGGUCCUCUUCUUUCCCGCACUCGAUUUUCUCGUCGACGAAGUGACUCUUUCUUAACAAAGAGCACUAAAUGGCGUGAGCUAUAUGCCAAGUUCUCAGUAUUCGCUGAGAUCUUCAAGAGAAUCAUGUGGAAGCUUCUGGAAAUUCACCGGUGGAAAAUUUGCGCUAUCGUAGUCAUUAUUUCUGCACUCAGUCAACCCUCCGCUUGCUACCUAUUCCCUGCUCUUCUGUGGAUUCUGGGACUCCCUUUUCGAAAUCUCGACCUGUUUGUUUAUAUUCUAACGCUCGUCUGGGCAUCUCUAAUGCUCCUCUUCAACAUGAUCUACCAGCUUGAAUUCGUUCAUCAGAAUUUAAAUCAAACACUUCUGGAAAGUACCCGCUGUGACGACAAAGAUCAGAGCGUUGAUCUUAUGAAAUGGAUUGGCUUUGAAAAAGUCGACGAUCAGGAUAGUUUCUGUGAAUUUGUUCGAGGAUGGCUUUCAAUCAUCAUUGUCCUUUUGGCUGAGCGAGUUAUAUUCCGGCGCUCCCGUUUCCUGGAGAACCACUAUCCUGAGUCGAAAGUCGCACCUGGUGCCAUUUUCCCAGAAAUAAUUCGCGAGAAUGCCGAUCGCUCUGUGAAGGAGUGCUGCAAGUUCUUUGCAAAUUACUUUUUCCACAAGUUUGGUGUUGAAGUGUGCUUCAUUUCCAGUGUGAUAACGAUUUGGACGCGUAAGGAUUUCUUCGGUACUAUUUAUGCGAUUUGCCUUCUCAUUCUUCUUGUCAUAUCUUCGAAUUCGCGUCGAACGCUGGCCAAAGUCUGGAAAGGCUACACAAUAUUUCUCUCAGUUCUUUGGGCAGUCGAGUUUGUACUCGUUCUGAAUAUUCCCAAAGCUCUCUGUGUCAAUCUUGCGGACAAAUAUUACAACAAUGAAAAUAUGAUAUUCUAUAAAUUAAUCUCCAACGACGAUGAACGGAUCAAAUUUGUAAAGUACCUCUUUCUCCCGAAAGAUGCCGGGAUAGAUCACACCAAAGCGAAUGCCAUCAUUCUUGACUUCUUCCAACUUUUGCUCGCUGUUUGUCAAUGCGGCGUUUUUGAGAACGAAAAUACCGACACUUGGAUCAAGCUUGCUGGCAGAAACGACGACACUGUUCUUGAUGAUGUAAAAGACAAUCCUCAUCGAAAUUUUAUCCUCGCCGAGCCGCCAACCACCCUCGAUAGACUAAAGACAUUUGUGUUUUCAAUGGUUUAUUGGGUGACAUUCACUGUUGUCCUUAUUGCAGGCACGAACCGAACAAGUCUCUUCUGCCUUGGAUACCUAGUCGCGUCGUUUUACUUUUUAUAUCAAGGUCAAAUGAUAAUUACCUGCCGACCAUCAAUUCUUCGACGUCGUUGGAACUGGCUGUUGUUUUAUAAUGGCAUUGUCGUCGUCACGAAAUGUUGUCUCCAGCUUCUCGCAUGUGUGUUUUCGGGCACAGUUGAGGAAAUCGAAAACGGGCCCGACAAUCCUACAUGCUAUCUGCGUUCGUUACUAUCACUCUCUUGCGAAGACACAUCUUACUUUACAAUACUGGAUAAAAACAACAAACCACCAGAAAACGAAUGUAUUCACGAAAAAGACGUACAAGCUGUCGGCAUCGCGUGGGACUUUGCUACAUUUGUUUUCUUACUGCUCCAGCGGCGCAUAUUCCAGAGCUACUAUUUCCUUCAUGUACGUGAAGAUUUAAUCGUUCAAAUCGGUUUGAGCUCUAAGGGCAAUCAGUUGUUUUCCCUGUGGGUUCAAAUGGAAGCUGGAAAAAGAAAGAAAAAUGAGGAAAUUGACAAGGAGCGUGUCCAAGAGUCAGUCGAGCGUAUUCGUAGAAAUGUCCGCAGCGAUCUUCAAGAGCCAUACGAUCACUUCGACGCCUUGCGAGUCUGCGACAAGACAUGGUUCGAGGGAUUGACAGAAACAAUCGACGAUGACAACGAUACACAAACGCCUCAUGGACUCCCUCAAUCGACCUCAGAUUCUGGAAUAAAAAGCACACCUGGAAUGCAGCACUCGAUCACAGAUAAUCAAAUUAAUGCUGCUGGAAACAGCCCAAAAUUGCCUCAAUCAUUCAGAGAUAUAAAACAGGGAAUCGGCAAUGUUCUAUUCACAGGAAGGCUUCCAGGCAAAGAUAUGUCCGAGAGCAAAGACACCCUAUUUGAACGACCUCAACAAACUGAUAAAGAACAGAGUCCGAGGCUGCCGACGGGUGGCCGUCCUCGAGUUGAUUGGGCGGAUGAGCAUGCUGAUAGGGUCUUUAAAUCAGUCAGUUACGAUAAAUCAGAUCAUAUUGUUCCUAUGGAGGAGGACUCAACCAUGUCGGAGCCAGCGACUAGCCCGGGAGAGGUAUCGAAAAGUCCGGAACUGACUGUAGCCGUGCCAAAAGAAGAUAGUGAGCCACAAGGAAACCUUCUCUACGAUACAGUGAUUUAUUUUACUAGAGUGCUGAACACACGAACACAAGCUUAUCGCUCGAUCAUCAUUCAGUUGAAACGGGAUAGACAAGAGUCGAGAAAUACAUUGCCCGUAGUAGCUGAUAGAAGGUAUGCACACCAAAUCCGAAACGCAGCUCUCAAUCGCGUGGCUCGACACGGUACUGGCUCAAACGCGGGAAGCCAAACAGGAACUGAUGUGGAGACUCCUUCAUCAGCAUCGCGAACGCAUCAAGACGACUUCUCGAACUACUUCGUGAGUCCCGAUGAUUUCGAUAAAGAAGACCACUUCAUCCAACGUUUCCUCAGCGCGAUCUGGUACUUUGCUCAGUUCCAGAUCGACAAUCUUUGCUACGCUCUUAUGAUUCUGAAUGGUAUGCUUAACGCCUCGAUCCUGUCGAUUCCCAUGUUGGGAAUGGUGUUUCUUUGGGCGAUGCUAAGCGUUCCAAGGCCCUCGAAGCGGUUCUGGGUCACUGUGAUCGGCUACACCUGCCUUGUCAUUACGAUCAAAUACAUUUUUGCAUUCAAAUUCUGGCAAUUUUAUAAAAUCAAGAACGCCAGCGAGAACGAUCCUUUCGCCUUAGAAAAGAUCUUUGGUGUUCAGAAUCGUGACGGAGUCAAGUAUCUGGAUAUUGCCCAACUGCUUGUGCUUUUCUUCCAGCGUGGUCUUUUGAAGGUCCACGGACUAUGGGAGAACUAUGAUGAACGUGACCUGGACGAUGAUGAUGAUAAUACGAAUCUGUUCCAAGUUUAUAUUGUUGACAAGACCAUUGACGGAUUCGACCGGCUCGUUGGACGGAAUAAAUCAAAGCGCAAGGACAAAAAUCAUCGCCCGCGCACCUCAGAGCAAAAUAAGAACUGCUUCCUACGUGUCAUCGAUUGGCUCCUCAACAAAUUACUUGUUUUCUUCAAAUCGCCAGGUCGUUUCUACGCUCGUUUGAUUCAGCAAGAAAAAGAAAAGAAGAACAUGCCCACUGAUAUGUACAUUUGGAUGUUGGGCUGUGAUUUCAUUUGCUUUAUCAUCAUCAUGUUCGGCUACUGGGCUUUUGGCAAGCAUACUGUCGGCCAGUCCCUGGAUAUUACCGUUCAGAUUAAAGAAAAUACCGUUCCUAAAAGUUUCCUUUACCUCCUCAUAACCCAUUUUUUCCUUAUUCUCAUCGAUCGUGCAAUUUAUCUCAAAAAGAAUCUGAUGGCCAAGCUAAUUUUCCACUUUGCACAAGUACUUGUUAUUCACAUAUGGAUCUUCUUCUUACUGCCACAAAUAACAAGCCGUUCAUUCUUCAAAAACAACGUCGCAAUUUCAUUGUACACUUUCAAAGCGAUAUAUUUUGCAUUCAGUGCUCACCAGAUAAAAUCUGGCUAUCCAACCCGCAUUCUGCAACAUUUCCUAACAAAACGAUACAACUAUGUUAACCUUUAUGUCUUCAUCGGAUACCGCGUGUGUCCCUUCAUUAUUGAAUUCCAAAAUAUUAUGGACUGGAUGUUCGUUGAGUCCACUGUGGGCAUUUCAAGAUGGUUCAUGUUAACCACGAUUUACCACGAGCUUUAUCAAAUCAAGUGCUGGCGUCACUUGGAAAAGCAGUUCCAUUACCCACGUGGAUUUCCACGCUGGCCCAGCUUCAAAUAUUCUGGAGAGCACGCAAUGACAAGAUCACAAUGGAUUAUGGAAGCAAUAAGCCGUGGUUUGUUAAUUGUCCUAUUGAUUAUAAUCAUGUGGUUCCCCUUGGCAUUCAUGUCAAUCGUUCAAACGGUAGCUGGUGUUCCAAACGCGCCGAAGGAAGUGAAAAUCUCUCUGUCACUGGAAGGAUUCUCAGACAUCUUUACCGAUUACUCUGUCGGUAGCAAUCUCAUCCCUUUUACAGAACUCCAGUUCAAUAGUCUAACGAACUAUGGGUUCAAGGAUAAUCUCGGCGCACAACAAAUGCUCUCACGAUACGAUCAUGGCGAUUUGUUCUUCGUCAAAGUGAAUAAAAACUCGGACACAAUCUGGUCAAUAACCGAGCCCCAGAAAAUGAAUAUGAUCCGACUGCUAGAGAAACGAGUCAUACGAGAGAACAGGACCACUUGUGGGGCAUGGUUCAUAUUCGACUACCAAAUCCGACGAAAUCCGAAUCAGUACGAGAAACUGUGGGAGUACGCAUCCGGAGAAGCGAAGCAUGAGCUGAGCGAAAAAGAGUGCGCCGAUUUCAAGGCUGUUCUUGAGGGCGAGAGCCCGAACCUGAGCGUCACAAUUCACAAAGCAAUACCUCACUACAUAAGAGCACUAAACACAGACACCGCACGUGAAAUGACCAGCAUUUUGAAUGAAGACCUGAACACGAAACUCUGGGCAAAUGUAACACUCAACUUGGAGAGACGAGUCACUGUGCUUAGAGUUUGUGAGACAGCGACAGGCGCGUACAAGAUAAACGCGACAGAAAGCUGUGAUGUAGGCGAAACUGAACAUGUGACAGUCAAAGAAGAGAAAUGGUGGAAAAUGACCACUCUCGGCAAAAUGAUUCCGACCAAUCCAAAUAGCGAUGACCUUGUUGACAAGCUGAUCAUCAUUUCGGAUAAAACUGGCCCUGAAUCAUUAGCCUGGCUGACUGGUUAUGGAGUUAUUGGACUCUAUUUGUCGGUUGUUUUGUUGGCGGGUCGUUAUACUCGCGCUAUUUUCCAAUACGACGGUGCUUAUAUUAUGUUCCAUGAAUAUCCAAAUGUGGAUGAGCUUCUUCAGCUUUGUUCAGACAUCUACCUCGUUCGCGAACUCAAAGAAUGGAAAUUAGAAGAAGAUUUAAUGGCCAAACUCAUUUACCUUUACCGAAGUCCCGAAACUAUGCUCAAAGUAACCAAACUCAGACCUUAUAAACCUAGAGUGAAACAAAUUAAACAGGAUUAA